AUGGAAACUCAGACUCAGACUCAGGCGCACCCACACGACCCCUGGGCUGCUACUCAUCAGUUCAUUUUCCGAAGAGCCACCAUGGAUCCCAAGCAACGGUUCUAUCAUCACUUCUUGGAGAGCGUAACAGUUCACCAAGAUCUGAUCGAACAGCUUCCCUCCAUUGCCAAUGUUGGCGGUGAGCGUCAAGAGGCCAUUGACCAUAUCCUAGCCGGUAUUGCCAAGCUUCAGAACGAGGUGGCUGACGCCGCUGACUUUACCCCCUCUUAUGAUCGAAAGCAAUACUCUGAAGCCAUCAAGGCUUUGCAAGACAAGCUCAAUGAGACUCUCGCCAAGAUCACACCAAAGUCGCGAUUCCAGUUCCGACGCACCACCAAUCAUGUCGACAUGGGCGCCCCCGAGAACGAUCCUCGUCUGAACCCGGGCAGCCUUUCUCGCAGCAAGACGCACCCCGUGAACAUCGCGCCCAGUGCUCCCACAACAACAAAUAAGGAGGACAUUCUCAGUGAAUUGCCUCCAAAGGGCACUUACAAGAACUACAAUGAGGAGAUUGCUCGACCCAGCGCCUCUCCCCUUCGCAAGCCCAGUUUCUCGGCUGCCAGGAACAUCGGCAUUUCCAACCACUCGGGCCUCCAUAUCAUUCUUCCCUCCUCGGCAGCUCGCGCCACUGCCUCGGGCAGUCUGACCGAUUUGAGCAACUGCAUCGUCGACAUGUCGAUCCCGACAGCCACAGGCGCUGCUUUCCCCGGUCUUGUCAUCAAGAAUGUAUCCAACAGCCUCAUUGUCGCGGGUCGCGUCAACGGGCCAGUCCAUAUCACAGGGGUGUCUGAUAGCAUCCUGGUGGUUGUAGCCAGGCAGGUCCGAAUCCAUGAGUGCAGCAACGUCGACAUCUACCUCCACUGUGGAACCCAUCCCAUUAUUGAGGAUUGCUCCGGUAUGCGGUUUGCGCCGCUGCCCAACACAUAUGUAACGGAGGCGGAUAAGCCAACCGAGAACCAGUGGGAUCAGGUCGACGACUUUAAGUGGCUCAAGGCAGGCCACAGCCCCAACUGGACAACUCUGUCCGAGGAAGAGAGGCUCGGCGCAGAACUCUGGGAAAAGGUGGUCCCAGGUCAGCCCGGAGUCAGUGUUGAAGAGUCGCUCAAGAAGCUUGGCGUUCCUCGGAGGUAA